CCUGAGGCUUAAACCCUGCGCAGAGCCCAGGAUCCAGGUCCGCGGCGGCGCGCCCAGCGGUCAUCCGGCUCGAGUGAGCAUCCCUUCGGGGAUGCUCAGGGAGGGUCUGGUUGCCAGUGAAACCUCCAGGGGCUUCCGGACGACAGCCCCGGGGGCCUUCUGACUGCAUCCCGAGAUUUCCAUCAGCGAGUGCAACUCAUAAGGCAGUCCCUAAGGGGACCGGGCCACCGGCUGAGGACGGGGAUGGCUUAGGAGCUCCUAGACCUAGGGCCCGGCGUCGUCGCCUCCUGGGCGUCGCGGCAGAGGGGAGUGGCCCGCGCGGAAAGCGCCGCGGGACAGUCAGUGACGAGGCCCGGGGGUCCCCGGGGCCACGACUUCUCGGAGACCGUCCUGCGCUCUCUGGAGACGCGCCGUCCGCGCCCAGGGUGGUGCCAUGUGGGGCGCUCGCCGCUCGUCCGUCUCCUCAUCCCGGAACGCCGCUUCGCUCCUGCAGCUGCUGCUGGCCGCGCUGCUGGCGGCGGGGGCGAGGGCCAGCGGCGAGUACUGCCACGGCUGGCUGGACGCGCAGGGCGUCUGGCGCAUCGGCUUCCAGUGUCCCGAGCGCUUCGACGGCGGCGACGCCACCAUCUGCUGCGGCAGCUGCGCGUUGCGCUACUGCUGCUCCAGCGCCGAGGCGCGCCUGGACCAGGGCGGCUGCGACAACGACCGCCAGCAGGGCGCUGGCGAGCCUGGCCGGGCGGACAAAGACGGCCCCGACGGCUCGGCAGUGCCCAUCUACGUGCCGUUCCUCAUUGUUGGCUCCGUAUUUGUUGCCUUUAUCAUCUUGGGGUCCCUGGUGGCAGCCUGUUGCUGCAGAUGUCUCCGGCCUAAGCAGGAUCCCCAGCAGAGCCGAGCCCCAGGGGGUAACCGCUUGAUGGAGACCAUCCCCAUGAUCCCCAGUGCCAGCACCUCCCGGGGGUCAUCCUCACGCCAGUCCAGCACAGCUGCCAGUUCCAGCUCCAGCGCCAACUCAGGGGCCCGGGCGCCCCCAACAAGGUCACAGACCAACUGUUGCUUGCCGGAAGGGACCAUGAACAACGUGUAUGUCAACAUGCCCACGAAUUUCUCUGUGCUGAACUGUCAGCAGGCCACCCAGAUUGUGCCACAUCAAGGGCAGUAUCUGCAUCCCCCAUACGUGGGGUACACGGUGCAGCAUGACUCUGUGCCCAUGACAGCUGUGCCACCUUUCAUGGACGGCCUGCAGCCUGGCUACAGGCAGAUUCAGUCCCCCUUCCCUCACACCAACAGUGAACAGAAGAUGUACCCAGCGGUGACUGUAUAACCGAGAGUCACUGGUGGGUUCCUUUACUGGAGGGAGACGAAAGCAGGGGGUGGAUUCUCGAGGUGGAAGUCCGCACAUGUCGGUGGUAUUUAUGGCAUGAUUCCUUUGGAAGGCUUCAUUUGCCCCCAGACUGUAUGAAAACAUCUCCGAAUUAGCAUUUCUGGAUAUGUUUCAUCCAGGGUAUCAUUGAUUUAUGAUGGAAAACUGGCCUCAGCUGGAGAUGACUGUGAUGUUGCUGAUGGGUGUAUAACAAAUGCUUGAGUCCGAAGUGCCCUUGAGAUAUGGUUGGCGAAAGAAUUUUAUAAACUGAUAAAUUAAGGAUUUUUAUUAUGUUUUUAUUAUUAUUUUUUUUGUUGUUGACUGCACAAGAUCAAAAUGCCUGUUACCUCCCUUUUACCUGGGACUUUUUUUUUUUUUUUUUAAUCAGACAGAGUCUUGCUCUGUUGCCCAGGCUGGAGUGCAGUGGUGCGAUCUCGGCUCACUGCAACUUCAGCCUCCUGGAUUCAGGCAACACUCCUGUCUCAGCCUCCCAAGUGGCUGGGAUUACAGGUGCCUGCCCCCAUGGCUAAUUUUUUGUAUUUUUUGUAGAGAUGGGGUUUCACCAUGUUGGCUAGGCUGGUCUCACUCUCCUGACCUCAAGCAAUCUGCCUGUCUCAGCCUCCCAAAGUGCUGGGAUCACAGGCGUGAGCCACCACACCCAGCCUGAGCCUUUUUUUUUUUUUUUU